ACAUCAAUCCUGCACCUAUAUACGCGCCUUGGAUCAAGUGAAAUCUUUUGUCGGCGGCUCUAAGGUUUUUCUUGGUUUUCCGCCACCUCGUUGCUCUUCGAGGCAGCUAGAACCUCAUAACACACUUGGCGUUACAGCGACUGUUUGACAUCUCCAAUGAAUAAAAUAACACCAUUCUUAGAUCUUUCUUCCUUGUAUCCCCUCAUGAACCUGCGGAAGGAGUAUUGGAGAGGCACAACCUAGUGAUGCCUCGAUUUACACCAUAUCAAUCGACGCUCGACAUAUCGAAAACGGGGGUGGCAGCCAAGACGAAGGACGACCACCGAUACAAUGCGCUACGUAACCUAGGUAGUCACUCAGACUCAGAUACCGAUGUGGAGGACUGGGAGGAGGAAGCAGAUGCACAGCCAAGGCAAAAGAGGAGGAGAACGCUCUGGAUGAAAAUCAAGCCAUACCGGUGGAUCUUUGAUACAACACUGUUGCUUGUUAUCUUCGCGUUAUUAGUUGAAAGGAGAUGGAAACUUAGAGAAAGCCAUACGUAUGAACUUGCUGGGGAUAUAUCGGGUUUCGCGCCUAAAUUCUCUCAGCAAAUCGUGAGCUUCAAGCCGAAUACCGUGUUUGCCCCGGAGAAUGCAUCGGACUUUUGGAGUGAGAAGACCCAGAAAGCAUGGCUUGACAUGGUCCCGGAAGGCCUCGGCUACGUUGAGGUCAAAGAGCCUGCCCAAUACUCCAAUCUGCCAAAGCCGAUCCACGACUACACCAAGCAAACUGUUUUCACUACUUCGAUGACACAUCAGCUGCACUGCUUGUACACGAUCUUAGAAGCCUACAACACGCUUCAAGUUUCUGUAGACCUCGGUUUUCAGAACAAAGUCAGGAUGCCGUGGCACAUCAACCACUGCUUUGAGUACAUUAGACAGGCCAUCAUGUGUGCGGGGGAUGUUGCACUGGAAGGAGCCGCAACAACCUUCCCUGGCGAUCCAAUCACUGGCGAGGACCUUGGUGGGAGUGAUGGCUGGGAUGCAAAGCAUGUGUGCAAGGACUACAGCCAGGUGUAUGAGUAUUUGGAGAAAGAGACGAUCAAUCACGUGAAGUGGAUAAAGUCUGAUGAGCGUAAAUAG